GACAUUCUAGAUACAGAUAAAAAGUUUAAUGUAUACUUGAAGAGUCCACAAGGUCGCUUUGUAACUAUAAAACCCAUUACGUAGAUGAAACUUGGCCUGUCCCAGUUCCUCCUACGCGGUUCGGGGGUAUAAAAGUGGCGGCUUUGGAUUUUUCGGGCAGUGUUGAGUUGCUAGUUAUCUAGAGCAUUCGUAGGUCUUCCCACCGCAAUUUUAGUUAAAACAGACAGGAUGUUUGACAGGAAGUUUGUGUUUGCUGUUCUUUUCGUCAUUUUCGCUACCUUAGCCUUAGAAACCCGCCACACCGUCGAGGCUAGGUACCUGCCUACCAGGUCGAAUAGCGACAGAGUGGACAAACUUAAAGAACUACUCAAAGAUCUCCUCGAAAGCGAAAUCGAAAAAGAAGAAUACCAAGCCGAUGCCCCACCCAGGUGGCACCCCGAGAGCAAACUCUUCUACAAACGCGAGGUUCCCUCCCACUAAACCCCACGACGACUUCCGGCAAUGGACAAGGACCUGAUUCUUCCAACGUGAUUUUAAACAUUCUGUGUCCUAGAUAGAGUUUUACUUAUUUUUAUGACCGACAAAGUGAACUUUUAGAUUAGCAGAUCUAUUUAUUUUUGUAAAUAAGUAUACGGUGGUUCCAAAACUGUUAAAAAAAAAUGAAGACAAUAAUUACCACUGGCACCCUGAAGCAAUUAUGACGUAGUGUAGUCGUUAUGUUAAGGAUGAUGUCAAUUAUUUUGACAAUAUUAUCUUUUACUAAAUUUUAGGUAUAAGAGAACCGUCCUGUUUUUAGGAAGGUCGUUCACUUUGUGGGUGAUAAAUGGUGUUUGCAAUUGGUGAAGCAAUAUUUUGACGAAACUUUUAUGUGUCAUUUGUAUAUUGCGUGUGUUGUGACAUAUGUGCAUGGGAAUAAAAAUAUAUGAACAUCC